AUUGUCUAGUCAUCCGUUGAGCUUGGAGAGUGAGAAGUUGUGCUGCUCAACACCAUACCAGAGAAGCAGAAAGUUGGCAGAGAAGCAGAAAGCUUGUUGACGCCAGAAUUGAGAUAAAUAGUAAUAUAAUCCACCAGAAGAGGAGACGAGCGGAAGAAGGAGGCAAAGAAGGGUGGAGAAAGUCUGAGUGGAGAGAGGGGGAGAGGGAGGGUAGGACUCUGCCUGCAGCUUAUUAGAACAGCCAUAAAGAAGAAACUAGAACUGAAAAAAGCAAAGUGAUUUCUUCUGGAGCCUGCAGAACAACUGAAGAGCAAGCAACAUGAGUAACACAAACUACCAAACCUUCAACAGCGAUCAACCGAACUCUCCGAAUCCACCCACCUACUCAGAAAAAGAUCCCUACAAAGAGUCUGGCCCUGCUGGAUCAGCCCUUCCCACGGGCCAAGGGGCCACUGCCCCUAUGCCUCCUUACUAUGGCUCACCUGGCUCGGCCUACCCACCACAGAUGAGUCAGCCUCAGCAGACGGUCAUCAUCACCCCGGUCUACCCCUCCAGUGCACCGGAUUACCUGGCCUACUCCAUCUUCACCAUGCUUUGCUGCUGCUUACCUCUGGGAAUUGCUGCCUUGGUUUUCUCGAUACAGACCCGAGAUGCCAACCAUUCUGGAAACAGCAUGGCUGCGCAGCGAAAUUCCAAGAUGGCACGCAACUUCGCCCAUGCAGCACUUGGUGUUGGCAUUUUCCUCAUUAUUGUAUAUAUCGUCUUAAUGGUGAUCCUGCUUAAUCAAAAUAACAGAUCCUGAAAGAUUAUGUCUUCUCUUUCCUGAUAUACAAAACAGAGGUCAAAGGCUUGGGAUCAUCUGCACUGAGUCAUUCCAUCAAAAGAUACAGCAGCUUGUUUACACGUGCAUGGAAAACACAGGAUUUCCUUGUUCUUCAUUCCCAUCACCAGCUAUAGAAUGAGGUUUUGAGGUUCCACCAGCUAGAUUUGUACAUGGAUUUGUGAUGAGUUUUUGAUGUCCACCAAUUAACAUCGAAUAUGCUCCAUCUCUGCAAUGCACCUACUGAAGCAACGGAAAGGGGGUGUCGGGUGGCAAGGAUCAAAUGGGAUACAACAUGUCUAUAAAUUGCCCUGGUGUCAUCAGGGUUGAACUAUCAAUCUUCCUGAAAUCAGACAAUGGGUUUAGAUCACCUCCUUUCAAUGGUUCCUCUUCCCAUCAGCCACCAUCCUUCACAUUUCCUUUUCCUCUAGGCUAGUUAGUACAAUUCAGUAAUGAAGGCCACAGGUUAUUUAGUUGUAGUUGUUCAGUCAUUCAGUUGCUUCUGAAACUUCAUAACCUCAAUGGACAUUCUUUUGCCAGAGUUGUCUGCAAGGAACCAUCUUUCUGAGCCCUUGUAAGCACCUGCUCAUGUCAUCAGAGGUGGUAUCUACCUACCUUAGAUACAAUGUUUUCCAUUACCCUGUUUUGUUUUGUUUUUUAUAGCCUUUGAUUUUUCCAAGUACCAGGGCCUUCCCCAGUGAUUCUUGCCUUUGCAUUGUAUGUCCAAAUUAUCUAAGCUUUAACUUCGGGGUCAUGCUUCCCAAAACCCACCAUUUUGUUUUGGUUUUUUUCCUUCCUCUACUGUGGGUCACUGAGAGCACCCCAAUUCUGAUGCCACAAAUUGCUGAUCAAGCCCCAUCCCACACAGUUAUAUAGUACACAGCUGCUUUGCUCUGCUCACUGACUCUGUGAAAAACCCCUCCUGUCUGUUUUCAAAAUCCAGAAAGUAUUUGAAUCUCCCCUUUCAGAGUCCUGUAUGCAACAGAAAUAAAUCUGACAGUGGUAAUUGUCAA